AAGAGCUGCCAGCGGCGGAGCCUCAGGCUGUGCAAUAAGUCAGCAGGCUCCACGGCUGAAGCGUCACUACAUCUGCGGUCAGCUGACUCGGCUCAGCGAGCUGCUGAUAGGCUGCGGCGCGGGGAAGUCUGUGGUCAGCUGACUGCGCUCCGAGAUCAGCUGAUGGGUUCCAGCCCUGGCGUGGGUGAGGGGCCCCCUGCCCGGCGUUGCAGAGACGGCGGGAAACCAUGAGGUUCCGGUUCUGCGGAGACUUGGACUGUCCCGACUGGGUCCUGGCCGAAAUCAGCACCUUGGCCAAAAUAUCCUCGGUGAAGCUGAAGCUCAUCUGUGGCCAGGUGCUCAAGGACUUGCAGGGCGAGGGGAUUGAUUAUGAAAAGAUCCUGAAGCUAACGUCGGAUGCCAAGUUUGAGUCUGGGGACGUGAAGGCCACUAUUGCCGUGCUCAGCUUCAUCCUCUCCAGUGCGGCCAAACACAGCGUAGACAGUGACUCUCUCUCCAGCGAGCUGCAACAACUGGGGCUGCCCAAAGAACAUGCUACAGGAUUGUGCCGGUCCUAUGAGGAGAAACAGAGCCCCCUACAGGACAGCCUGAGGGCACGCAGUCUGAGAUUGAACCGUCUGGACUCUGUGUCCUGGAGGGUGGAUCACACGCUCAGCUCCAGCGAGCUCCAGCAGGUCAACGAGCCCCUCGUGCACCUGAAGUUCACCAUGCGAGACGGGGACCAAGGUGGGACGGAGCCCUUUGCCAUGACCGUGUCGGCAGAGAAGUUUCGGGUCUUACUGGCAGAGCUGAGACAGGCCCACGCCCUGAUGAAAACUCUCAGCUGAGGAGCUGGGAGGAUGGCAGCGAACAUGGAAGGAGCCAGCUGAUUGUGCUGCGGCCUGUCAGAGAGUCUGGUGGGUGCGGUUCCUCCGCUGGGGAAGCCCCUCGCUGCAGACACUGCCUGGGCAGAGAUUGGACUGGGCUCUCUCCUCCCUUCUCAGACCCUUGCUGCAGCUGAAACUGACGACUGCUCUUCCCACUCUUCCUGGCUGCUGUCUCCUCUACCUACCUCUGUUGCUGUGGAGCCUCCUGCCUGCCCCUCCUCCAUCCUGCCUAAAAGCCCUUGUGCUUCCAGGACCCCCACCCCAGGAUCCAUCCCCAGAGCAAUAGUGCUUGGGGGCUUCUGCAUCUGCUAAUGAGAUCUCCACCUCAAGACCAGCUUCAGCUUGGAGUUCCCAUAACAAAGGUGUCCAAACCCGUGGGCCGUGCCACCAUGUAACACACAUGCCUCUGGAGAAUACCCAGGCCUGCCGGCUGGAGGCUAGUUUAACAGUGAAAGACUCUGAAAUCCCCUGCCCAGCCCUUUGUUGGUGGCUCUGUUCCUGAACAGCUGCAGGGAGCUGACCUGCCCUUUUGCUUCGGCCUGAAUUGUCUCCUGUCGCUACUCCAAGGCAGGUGCGCAGGCUCCCAUGUCUCCUCUGGAGACGUAGCAUGCUGCAGCCCUCCAAAUGCUGCGGCUAGACCAGCUCCACAUCACCUGUUGACUGAACUCCUGCAGCAAUCCAGGAUGCCUGUGGCUGGGGCAACUCUCCCAGUCGUACAUAAGAGGUUGGGAAGUUUUACCAGCUGAAGCAGAUGGAGUAUUCUCUAGUCGCUUCUUGCUCCCCCGCAUCCCUCCCCUAAAAAGCACUUUGCCUCUGUUCUGUCCACUUCCUCUAAAGGAGCCUCUUGCCUGGGGGUGGGAUAAAUGCAGCUUUUCUAUCUUUCUGUCCCGCACCUACCGCCUCUUCCAGGGCAGCUCAGUGCAUGGAAUAAAGGAUCAGCAGGAAUGUG